AUGCGAUCCUACGCGGGAGUGGCAACACAAACGGUAAUGAAACCCGGUUCUUGUCCUCGGAGCCUCAUUUGUAUUGACUAUCUUGCAGGCUCGGCCGUGUGCAUCCUUGAAACACACAAUUCCGUGGUCCCCAACAAGAUCCGUGGCCUUGCACGCAUGGUCGAGGUCUCCAAGAACAUGACCUUGGUCGACCUGACCGUCAAUGGCAUGGCUCCAGGCAAGUACUGGGCCACCGUCCGUGAAACCGGUGAUAUCUCACAGGGUGCCGCGUCUGCCGGCGGUAUCUGGGACUCUUUGAAGAAUAAGGUCUUGGGUUCGAAUGGUGCCCCGCCUGUGGAGAAAGAGCCGCGGGGGGUCUUUGGCUCGGUGGAUGUUGAUGAGAAGGGUCGGGGUAGCGUGUUCAUGGACCGACCUGUUGCUAUUUGGGAGUUGAUCGGGCGAAGUAUGGUGCUCUCUAAGUCAAAAGAGGGACCUUUUAAGCGCGAUGAUGAGCAUACCCUUGUGGGUGUCAUUGCGCGUAGCGCGGGUGUGUGGGAUAAUGACAAGAUGGUUUGCUCAUGCUCUGGUAAGAAUGUUUGGCAGGAGAGACAGGAGCAGGUCAGCCAGGGUAUGGUUUGA